CCCGGACCAUGUGCAUGGUCGGCGGGAGUCCCAACCACUGUGCCACUGACACGUUACUGACAGUUGCAUUAUAGAUUUUACAGCAUUCAUUUAAUGGAAUUUUUACUUACAGCAGAGGCCGUCUGGCCACUCUUCUUAUUAUCUACAGGAACCUGUGAAAAUUAAACCAGAAUUCCGUCGAAUGACAUGUAUACAAUGAAACGGUUUGUAGUAUAGGGACUUCAAUUAACCUAAAAAUGUUUACUUACUCUUCGCCGGCUCCCCCUUUUUGCUAUGCGAUCACGUACGUCAUGGAAGUUGGCCCUAGGGCUGACUUUCAAAGUCUUCCUUAAUUCGUCCUCGGGCAUUGUAGCGGAAACGGACUUGCUAAUAAUGACGGCCUAAAGACAUUUAAAUAAAGCAAGCUUAUACGUUAUGACUCUAUAGAAGCUGCAUUUUGAGAGGGCUAACUUCGUUGGUGUUCCACAUGCUGUCAAGCAACUUGACAUUUUAGGCUUCCAAGUAUAAUUAAGCAUUCCUCUCAACGAAGACUGCGGACUAAACGAUAGAUUGCCAACCAUUUUCGUCAUCUAGACGUAAUCGAAGGUUACGAAUUAAUCUCUGAAUUUGGGGGUUUUCAGUAACGCUUCCAGUUGGUUGAACUCUUCUUUAGUUGCCGAAGGGAAUUCCAGUUGACUAUUGUCAAUGAAGGACUUGCUGGUUCCCUAAGACGGACAACUUGCUCGACCUGUUAAUUGAAAUCAACUGCGUCACCACUUUAAUAAACGCCUGUACCUCUAUUUUAAGAGACUGUAACUCGGUAACCACUUAUAUAUAUAUAUAUAUAUAUAUAUAUAUAUAUAUAUAGCUACGUACAAUAGAUUAAAGAGGCAGGAACUUCGUUUGGUUGUGUUUUAUUUUAAGAUAUUUUAGUGCUGAGAUUAAAAUAGCCUUUAUUUUAAGUAGCUUAUUUAAUAGAGGGUUUGAAUGCGCUGCUUUCAUUACCAUCCAUAUUGGUGAUUCUGGCUGUCUAAGCUAAUUUUAAGUUUUUAAAUGGUGAUUUUCUUAAGGUAUUCUGUGGCUCUAUAAGCUAACAGUGUUUGUUACUCUCUUCGCUCCCCCUGUCCAACUUUCUACUUUGUAAGGCGUAUAAACUGACGGAGAUAUUUACACUUUAGAUGUCCUAAUUUACAACGCCUUCCCUGUCAUCAUUCCAGCAUCGUCAGACGUUAUUUUCAUUCUUUCAUUAACAUUGUAUUUUCAGAUGGUCUGCAACUGAUGUGGACUUGUGAAAUAAGAUGAUCCCAUUUUAAAAUAGAUUUGGCUAGAAAAUUAUUCUUGGUAUAGAUAACCCUUGUUUAGGUCUUGCCGCAUUCCAGAGUUUUCCCCAAUUCGAUCAUGCUCAAAACAUUCUUACCUUAAAAAUGUAUUAUAAUAUGGUUCUGUUAAGAAGCAUAUUUCUCCUCAAUUCAUAGAUUUAUGGAUAAACCAUAUGACGAAAUGGUUGAUGUACCAGAUUCUGAAGAUAUAGCCACACCACGCCUUCAGCAGUCAUUAUCUGAAACUCUUGAUAAAUUUCAAGAUUCUCGUGGUGAUGGUAAUAAUAAAUCAUUAAGAAAAACAAACAAUGAAGCAACAGGAGAACCAAAUGCAAUUUUAACUGCUGCACCGAAAUCCGUUAUUGGAAUGAAAUCGAAUAAUGCUAAAAUAAGUGCUCUGGAAAGUUCUGAUGAUGACGACGAUGAUGAUGAAGAGGAAGAUGAUGACGAUGAUGAUGACGAGGAGGAGGAGGAUGAAAAUGCCAAUCUUCAAGAUACAAUUGAAGGUGCAUAUAAUCCAGCCGAUUUUGAACAUUUGGCUGUUUCAUCUGAAAUCAAAGAAAUUUUUGAAUAUAUUCAAAGAUAUACACCACAGACUAUUGAAUUAGAAACAAAGUUGAAGCCAUUUAUUCCAGAUUAUAUGCCAGCUGUUGGAGAUAUAGAUGCAUUUUUAAAAGUUCCAAGACCAGAUGGUAAACCGGAUCACUUAGGUUUACUAGUUUUGGAUGAACCAUGUGCUAAUCAGUCCGAUCCAACAGUACUCGAUUUACAACUAAGAGCAUUAUCUAAACAGACGACAUCAAAACAAGUAACAGUAAGAAGUAUUGAAAAUGCAGAACAACAGAAAAAGGCUAUAGAUAACUGGAUUAAAAAUAUUACAGACUUGUAUAGAGCUAAACCACCACCAACUGUACAUUAUGUUAGAAAUAUGCCUGAAAUAUCACAAUUAAUGGCUGAAUGGCCAACAACAUUUGAAGAGAGUAUGCGAAAUCUUCAAAUACCAUCCUCACAGUUGGAUUGUAGUCUUAAAGAUUAUGUGGAUAUUAUAUGUGCUAUUUUAGAUAUCCCAGUGUAUAAUAAUCGAAUACAUUCAUUACACUUAUUAUUCUCUCUAUAUCUGGAAUUUAAAAAUUCACAACAUUUCCGUCAAAUGGAUUCUGUUAUGACAUGA